UACGAAAAUCCAUCCGGGAUUGCGAUAGCGGAACUGUGCCAUUAUAAAAUUAUGGAAAAGGUUUGGCAGAGAUGACAUCGGUAGAGUCCAGGAUGAUAAAUAUAUACACACAAGUGAUGCAUUGAUCUUGAUUUACAUUGUCAGUCAACGAGAAAAUGUUGACUCUACGACCGAGUGAAAUACGAUUUAGUCAAGAGUCUAUCAGAAAUGUCUUUCACGAAAAAAAAAAACAUGCCGAUACACAUAUCGGUGAAACAUUGGAUGCCCUGUUGACAGGAAAGUGUAAAAUCUCGGAGAUACCGCCUAUAACUGUCGUUUAUAUGAAUGAAAACUGGUACACGGCCGAUAACAGGAGAUUGUGGGUGUUUCGGAAGCUCGAAGAGCUUGGACAAUGUACCAAAAUUCCUGUCGGAAAGGGUCAUAGGAUUCCUCAGAAAAAAAUAACAACACUGAAUGACGGGACAGAUAUUCGUGUCCGGCGCGAUCCAGGUGGUUAUCAUUGGAGACAUUGGGAUAAUGACCAGCUAUAUGAUGACUUGUGUUCUGACGAUCAAUCAUCCAAUUCCUUUGAUGAUGAGGACUACGAAAACGGAUAUACUAAAAUCACGGUUGCAGAAAGUAACGAGAUUCCUUCUAGAAAAUGCAUAACUAUCAAUGAUGGCAGGCCAGGUCUCAAAAGUCAUGAUGCAUUGAGAUCUUAUAAGCAUCGACAAAGCAAUAGUGCUACAAUGCCGGGACCAAAUGAACAGUCUUCAUGCUUUGCGGCCAAAGGCAUGUCUUAUCCCUAUCAGUUCCAAAGUAUUUCACCCUUACAUGUGAAACCGGUGGUUCGGACUUCAAUUAACAAACCAGACAUGUACCCUGAUAACAGAAUCACCAGAAACGUAUCAAAAGCUAAUAGUUCUAUGCAGUCUGAAACGAAAGCAGAGUACUCAUCAGAACAAAGCCUUGUAAACAAAGAUCAAGAUGAAAGUGACGAGAACUGCACAAAGCAAGAUAAUAAAAAUCAAUACGAGCGAGACGUGUCCUACUCAUACCAUUGGAAUACAUACCAAGACGAUGCAGAUAAGUACGCCCCAAACCAAGAGAAUGACUAUCAAGGUGAGGCAGAUGAGUACGACUCAGACCAUGAGAAUGACUAUCAAGAUGAGGCAGAUGAGUACGACCCAGACCAAGAGAAUGACUAUCAAAGUGAGGCGGAGGAGUACCAAGACCUAGAUACUGACUAUCAAGAUGAGAUGCUGGAGAGAUUCGGAAAAUGUAUAGAUAUUCCCGUCCGAAGAGUUUAUGACGGUUUGACGGAAGAAACACUAACAGCAAUGAAGCAUGGCGGGAGGACAGUUCGGGUAUGCCGCGGCGAUGCAGGUGGUCAUCACUGGAAGACACUGCAGAAUCCGUCUACAGUUGGUACACCUGGGCCGAAUUCACGUUCCGCAAGGUUGAGGUCCCGUAACUCUGAUAACAGAAGAUCACAAAGACGAAGGGCGUUUCAAGAACAAAUUGAUCUAAAUAGAUUCCUUCACACGGAUGGAACGAACGUUUCAGUAAUAAAUGGAGACGAGGAUUCGGACCUUCAGGAGUACACUUGCCUAUUUCCAGAUCGUCCGCUUCCUGUGCAAAGUCAUUCCUCACGAUCCCUCCAUAUUGAAUACUGUGACCCAAUGAAAAUCACUUGCAUAAAAUACACAAUCAAUAUGCUCCUGCUCCUGGUCCUUUCUUCAGGUUCAGCAAAAUAUUCCUCGUGCUUCGGAUUUUCGGACAAGAACAGAUAAAUGACCAACGGCGCUGGUCGUAAAAAUAUUCAGCUUAUACGACCCGAGCUUUAAAGCAGGUGCCGAUAUGAGUAACGAUGAGGAUGAUCUACAGUGGUUGGCUUAUCAUGUUGGGCAUGAUCAUUUGAUCACUCUCGUAUAGCUGUGUAAGGUCACGGCUGUUUUGUGCCGUUUCCUGUUCACGCUUCGGCUGAUUUCAGUGAUUGUUAGAUCAAAAUUAGCUUUUUUAUACUGUUUCUAUACAUAUACAGGUAAAUUAAUAUGUAUAAACUAAACAAAAGUUCGAAAUAGUCGCUAGUUAAUCUUCUUUUAUGACAUUACUUCAUAGUCAAAAUAACAAUUAGUCGAGGAAAACAACACAUUACCAAUGUGCUCUGUUGAUUUACUGAAAUCAGUCGAAGUGUAAACAAGAAACGACACAAAUCAACAGUUGCCGUACACAGGUACACGACAGUGUUGUUACAAGGAGUGAAACAGUAAUCAUGGAAUAAUGUUUCAAAAUCAAUUAGUGUUACGCUUUCACAACAGUGCUUGUGAUAAUUAUAUUAAUCAUUAAACAGUUUGUAAAAAGUGUAUUAUUAUAAAGUUUGAUUGAGCUUGAGUGAUUUUUUUAGAUGUGAUUCAAAAGGUAUUUUUCAACGCUUACUUGAUGAAAAGAACGUGUAUUCAAAACUCAUUUGUUGGAGGGAAAGGGGAAUCAGUUUGUGUUUGAAAAACGGUUUAUAUAAACCUUAAUUGGCAUACCAUGUAAUAUAUAUUUCUAUUACAUAAAUUAGAUAAUUGAAUGUUUGUUAAUGAAGAUUAAGCAUGAAUUACUAUCAAAUUUUACCACAAUUUGUGUCAUUCUAUCGGAGUCUUUGUGCAAUGUUACUGGUAAGCGUCUUAUACGAUAUUGCAGCAAAUAUACCACCCCGGAGACAUUCGUAAUCCGUAAUCCACACCUGUAUGUAUUUACACCUGCAUAUCGGAAACCGACGUACACAUAUGCGAGUCAUUUUAUUUGAUAUAAACGUAAAGACAAAGUACCAAACGCAAUAAAUGAAAGUUGUGACAAAUGAAUAUAUUAGUUUUAACAACCACAAUGGAUAAAAAAGACAAAGAUGAUAAUUUCAAUGCUCCAAAUCGUUAUAACGAACUUUCAUUUGAUGGACCAAAAUAUUUAUACUAUUUAUGUUCAUAUCUUCUUAUCAAAUAAACAAA